AUGGACUUAGGUUCAUUCAAUGAGCUAGGUCAAUCAGCUUGGACUGAUUGUUUAGAACUUUAUGAAGACACCAUUUAUCAACUUAAUCGCUCAAUCACCUCGAGAAAUCCACAUAGCAUGCUUGAUGCUCAAACCUGGUUGAGUGCAACCAUUGCCAAUGAAGAAGCAUGCCAAAAUGGGUUUAUGGAUUUUAACUUGUCUUCCCAGUUGCAGACUUCCCCAUUUAUGCUCAGUAACAUUUCAAAAUUCUUGAGCAAUUCACUAGCCAUCAAUAAGGCCGUGACUUCUUCCUCAUCUGUAAUUGAUAGUACUAAUAUUCAUCACAAUCGUCGAUUGUUAUCCGAUGGUUUCCCGGAAUGGCUUUCGGCCAGUGAUAGAAAAUUGCUGCAAUCCUCUUCUAUUGCCACUGUUAAAGCUCAUAUUGUUGUGGCUCAAGAUGGCUCUGGUAAUUAUAAGACUAUUUCUGAAGCUUUGGCUGCAGUUUCCAAAAGGAGAGGUGCCAAGAGGUUUAUUAUAUAUGUUAAGAAGGGAGUCUACAAAGAAAAUGUUGAGAUAAAGAAGUCUAUGAAGAACUUGAUGUUCAUUGGAGAUGGAAUUGAUGCCACCAUUAUUACUGGCAACAAGAAUGUCCAAGAUGGCUCCACAACUUUUCGUUCAGCAACUUUUGCUGUUUCUGGUGAGGGCUUCAUUGCUCGGGGUAUAACAUUCGAAAACACGGCAGGGCCUCAAAAACACCAAGCAGUGGCGCUCCGUUCUGGCUCAGAUUUCUCAGUUUUCUACGGCUGCAGCUUCAAGGGCUACCAGGACACCCUAUACGUUUAUUCUCAACGUCAAUUUUAUCGAGAUUGUGACAUAUAUGGAACGGUGGAUUUCAUUUUCGGGGAUGCUGUGGCGAUUCUUCAAAACUGUAACAUAUAUGUAAGAAAACCAAUGAGCAAUCAGAAAAACACUGUCACAGCUCAAGGAAGAAGAGAUCCUAAUGAAAAUACUGGGAUUAUAAUCCAAAAUUCACGUGUGGUCGCAGCAUCGGACUUUAGGGCAGUCCAAAAUUCAUUCAAGAGCUAUCUUGGGAGGCCAUGGAGGCAAUAUUCGAGGACAGUGUUCAUUAAAUGUACCCUAGAUGGCUUUAUCGACCCAGCGGGGUGGUUGCCAUGGAGUGGAAGUUUUGCUUUAAAGACAUUAUACUAUGGAGAGUACAUGAACACAGGGAGUGGUGCAAGAACUAGUGGGAGGGUGAAGUGGCCGGGAUACCACGUUAUAACCCGUGCUGCCGAGGCUGGAAAAUUCUCUGUAGGAAACUUUCUUGCCGGAGAUUCAUGGCUUCCGGCAACUGGUGUGCCCUUCACGUCUGGCCUGUGA